AUGCACGGGGUGGGGAGAGGAGAAGUGAAGGUGCAGGUGGAAGACGGCAACAUACUGCAGAUCAGCGGUGAGAGGAUUAAGGAAGUGGUGGAUACGAACGACAAGUGGCACCGUGUGGACCGUCAGAGAGGGAGCUUCGUCAGGCGGUUCCGGCUACCGGAGAAUGCUAAGGUGGACGACAUCAAGUGCAGGUUGGAGAAUGAAGUGUUGACGGUGGAGGUACCGAAGACGGAGACGCAGGAGGCUCCGAGGGAUGUUAGAUAUAUAGGUAUAGCUUAG